AAUUCACACAACUCUGCCUCUGUCCUCGAGCCCUCUCAAUUCGGAGGUUUCAUCGUCCAUGUCGGGAAUUACUCGGGAAUUGUUUCGUCGUCUGUCUCCGAGACGCAACUGUAACCCUAACCAGCUCAGACAGACAGACUACUUCGUUCCCCACCCACCAUGAAUCAACAAAGAAACAACCCAAACCUCCAUCUCGACCCAACUCAGCCCAAACUCACCUCUCCUAAUCAUCGCUCAGCACAAACAUGACACUCCAUCGCUACGCUCCCCUCCACACCAACCCCCAGGGCCUCAACGACGCCCGCCCCACCGCCACCCAAAUCCUCGCUGACCAAACCCUCCUCGACACGAACGCGUGGAAAGACAAAACCAUCCUCAUCACCGGCGGGACCGCAGGGCUCGGCGCCGAGUCAGCGCGCGUGCUGCACCGCACUGGGGCCAAGAUCUUCAUCACGGGGCGGGACGUGGCGAAGGGCGAGCGGCUCGCGCGGGAGAUCUCCGCUGUGAAUCCUGAUCCCUCAGCCCCAGCCAUUGAAGUCAUUCACAUGGACUACUACAGUCUGCAGAGCGUGCGCGACGGGGCGGAUGAGUUCCUCCGCCGCAGCGGGGGAAGGCUGCAUGUCCUGCUGGCGAACGCGGGGGUGGUGGCCUCGCCGCGGCGCACCACGGAUGACGGGUUCGAGGGAGUGUUUGGCGUGAAUUACCUUGCGGGAUUCUUGCUAGUGCAGCUGCUGGCCCCGGCGCUGGUGGCGUCAGCUACACCGCAGUUUUGCUCCCGACUUGUGGUGGUGUCGAGUGCGGGCCAUCGGGCCAGAAAUAUCGAUCCGGAGGAUUAUAACGCACUGAUCGGCGAGUAUAAUGCCUCCAAGGCGUAUGCACAAAGCAAAACAGCGACAAUCCUCAUGUCCAACGAGUUCGAGCGCCGGUAUGCCGGACGUGGCGUGCAUGCGCUGAGUCUGAACCCUGGGAUUAUUAUGGAUACGGAGAUCUCGCGUGGCUUGCCGGGCUCGUCGUCUGGCAGGCGUGAGCAGUACUACAAGAUGGAGCCGUUGUUGGCGAAGAUGGAGAAGAGCGUCGAGCAGGGGGCGGCGACACAGGUCUGGGCAGCGGUGGCUGGCGAGUUGGAGGGGAAAGGGGGGUUAUACCUGGAUGAUGUGCAGGUUGCGGAGGAGGCGGAGGAGGCGUCGCGCGGACAGUUUGCGUUGCCGGGGUGGGCGAGCUGGAUUUGGGAUGAGGCAAUGGCAGUGAGGUUAUGGGAGGAUAGUUUGAAGAUGGUGGGUCUGGGUGAGGAAGUGAAUGUGUCCUAG